UCCCCGCAACGCGGAAGUUCCCUGGGGCGAGCUCAGGGUGGGGAGAGACCCCGAGAACCCGCUGGGGGCUGGAGCCAGGAGCCAGCAUGAGCCGGGGGUCCAGGUCAGGGGCACGAGGGCAGCAGGAGAACAUCCCCUCCCAGCUCCUCCGGGAUCAUGAAAACCAGCAGGUGUUUGAGCUCCUGGGCCGGAAAUGCACGACCCUGGCCACGUCGGUGGCCCAGCUGUACCAGGCCAUGCCCCCCAACAGCCAGGUGUGGGGUAAGCAGGGCUGCGGGGUCCUGUGCCUGGUCAAGGACAACCCCCGGCGCUCCUACUUCAUCCGCCUCUUCGAUCUCAAGGACAGGAGGCUCACGUGGGAGCUGGAGCUCUCCAGCCAGCUGGUCUAUUCUGCUGUCACCCCCUAUUUCCAUACCUUCCCCGGGGACGAAUGCCAGGCCGGGCUGAACUUUGCGGACGAGGCUGAGGCCCGCGACUUCUAUGCGCUGGUGGAGGAGAAGAUCCAGAAGCGACAGCAGCGGAUGGAGAAACGGCAGCUUCCCCCGCCACCUCCCCCGGUCAAUGAAGAGCGACGGGCGACGACGCUGCCCCGAUCCCCAAUGCACGGGGGAGACAUGAAUGGUCCCAGCAAACAGCCGAAUUCCCCCUCCGGCUCCUUGAACCUGAUGACAAUGGACAUCCAGAACCCGGACAUCACCUCGUCUCGGUACCGGGGGCUGCCGGUGCCCACAGUCACCGAGAAGAAGAAGGGCAAGAAAAAGAUCUCCAAGGCCGACAUCGGCGCCCCAAGCGGAUUCAAGCAUGUCACCCACGUCGGAUGGGACCCCAACACCGGCUUUGACGUGAAUAACCUGGACCCCGACCUGAAGACGCUCUUCUCCCAGGCCGGGAUCAGCGAGGCACAGCUGACUGACGCCGAGACCUCCAAACUCAUCUACGAUUUCAUCGAAGGCCAGGGCGGGCUGGAGGCUGUGAAGGAGGAGCUGAGACGCCAGGGUCCAGCACCUCCUCCGCCCCCCAUGACCCGAUCUGGGCCCCUCCCUCCCCCACCCCCUGCCUCAGCGAGGGGCAGGUCUGGCCCGUUGCCCCCGAUCCCAGGCGGCCCCCCACCCCCGUCAUCUAUGCCAAAUAGGGGGCCCGUUCCCUCCCAGCCUCCCAGGGGGCAUCUGCCCCCCCCUCGUGGGCCCCCUCCCCCUACCUCCCGGUCUGGUCCGCCCCCCCCUCCGCCUGCUUCUGGGGCAGCCCCCCCACCCCCUCCUCCCCCAUUGCAGACCCCCGAGAUGCUGGACUCCCCGCCGCCCGCUCAGAGCUCGGAGGGCCUGGUGGGGGCGCUCAUGCAUGUCAUGCAGAAGCGGAGCAAAGUGAUCCACUCCUCAGACGAAGGCGAGGACAACGGCGGGGACGAGGAGGACGAUGACGAAUGGGACGACUGAGCUCCGUCCCCAGCAAGAAAAGCUCCCCCCCUUGUGCACUGGGCGCUGUGCCCCAUUCCCCUGGGUGAUCCCCCAGCCCACCUGGCCCCUUAGCAAUAAAGACAGCUCUCUGCUUGACAUGCUGCCCCAUCUUUUACCCAGAAUUCCCCUCCCCUAAGCCCCCAGCUUCCCCUAUCUGCGCCCAUCACCCCCUCAAAACCCAGGGCUUGACAAUACCCUGGUCUCCACUGACCUCUUUGGCAUCAGAAACAAACCGAUCUCCUUCCAACUUGGCUCCUUGCUUUGAUCUCAGCCCGAUUGAAAAAACAAGCCAAGUUGGAAUCAAGCCCAGCACGGCUCUUCAGCGCAGAUUUUGGGGCGGAUUAAAACCCAUUGGUUUGGGUCAAUGUCUGAGUGACAGGACUGGAAGCCGGAGCGCUUGAUCUGAGGCCGUGUCUACGCCCCAUGUGUUCUGGUGGCACAGUUAGAGAAGAUUUAGUGUUGACACUUUCAACGGCAAUGGAAGGGGUCUGUAGUUGAUCCAUCUUGCCGGUAGCUAAGUCGGCGGAAGAAUUCUUAGUUGUGUCUAUACCUGUGUGUUAGGUCGGCUUGACGAUGGUGACCUGGGGGGUGAAUUUUGCACACCCCGAGCGCCAUAGCUAGGUUGAUCUCAAUUUUGAGCAUAGACCGGAGCAGCCACUCUAGACUAAUGUCUUGUUAUAAUGGCGUCGGCGUCACCCGCAAUAUAGAACUUGCUCGUGAGUUUUGGCUUAUUCAUCUCAAGGCUUGGCAGAAACUGAUUUUUGUUUGUUUUUUUAUCAUUUCGACGGAGCAGAGUUUGACUUUUAUUUUUCAAUCUUUUUGAUGGCUCGUAUCACUGUUUAUUUUGAAGGUGGGAAAUGAUGCGGGUGUGUGGGGGGGGUCAGGGAAUAAUUAUUUCAUGAGGUUGAGUUCAAAAAGCGAAAGCUUUAAAACACAAAGUCUCUUGAAGAUGGACGAAGUCAAGAGCAUGAUAUGCAUCCAAAGAGGUGGGCUGUAGUCCACGAAAGCUUAUGCUCUAAUAAAUUUGUUAGUCUCUAAGGUGCCACAAGUACUCCUGUUCUUUUUGAAGUCAAGAGCCUCAGCUCAAACUCAGACAUGGUCUCAAGUAGCCAGUCAAAGCGAUUGUUACUCCUUUGAUCUUUAUUAAACAACUUUAUCAACUGUU